GCGUCGGAGUUCGGACGUGCCUGUCCGUGUCGCUCGCGAAAAGAUUUAUUUAAUACUUUCCAUCAACUUGCACAAACCGGAACUUGCUGAAAAUUAGGCAAGUCAGUUGUAAAUUGUGCUCGUUAUGCAAAAACAAUAAGCAUUAACUGCUGUGCGCGUAAAAGCAACGCUAAAAUAAUUUAAAUUCUAUGCUUAGUCAACUUAAUAAUAAAAAAAAACAAUAAAAAAGCAGCAUACAAAUUAUUGAAAUAAAAAAAACAACAGAAAAGUGUCGGCUCAGUGUGCGUAUAUGUGUGCGUGCGUGUUUUGGUGUGCAUAGCCUGCAUAGCAGUGUGUGUGUGUGUUUGUGUCAAGUAGCAUCAGCAGUCGCCGCCGCCGCCGCAGCAGGCAGAAUAACAAAAAAUAGCAAAUCAAAAUGGCGCACCAGCAGCAACAGCAACAACAACUGGCACAAUCGGUGAAUUGUUCAUUGGAUGAUAUCGAUUUGACGGCACUAAAGGAUCCGGCUGGCAUCUUUGAGCUCAUCGAGGUCGUUGGCAAUGGUACCUACGGCCAGGUCUAUAAGGGCCGUCAUACAAAAACUGGUCAGUUGGCUGCCAUAAAGGUGAUGGACGUCACCGAGGACGAGGAGGAGGAGAUAAAGCUGGAGAUCAAUGUGCUUAAGAAAUACUCAAAUCAUCGCAACAUUGCCACCUAUUAUGGUGCAUUCAUCAAGAAAUCGCCGCCCGGCAAAGACGAUCAACUCUGGCUGGUUAUGGAAUAUUGUGGUGCUGGCUCCGUUACCGAUCUGGUCAAGUCGACCAAGGGUCAGAGCCUCAAGGAGGAAUGGAUCGCGUACAUUUGCCGUGAAAUCUUGCGCGGCCUCAGCUAUUUGCAUUCGAACAAAGUCAUCCAUCGCGACAUCAAGGGCCAGAAUGUGCUGCUCACCGACAAUGCCGAGGUUAAACUCGUCGAUUUCGGUGUCUCCGCGCAGCUGGAUCGCACGAUAGGCAGACGCAACACGUUCAUUGGUACACCCUAUUGGAUGGCGCCAGAGGUCAUUGCCUGUGAUGAGAAUCCCGAAGCCACGUACGACAAUCGCUCGGAUUUGUGGUCUCUGGGCAUUACGGCACUGGAAAUGGCUGAGUCACAGCCGCCGCUCUGCGAUUUGCAUCCGAUGCGUGCACUUUUCUUAAUACCACGCAACUCGCCGCCGCGUCUCAAAUCCAAGAAAUGGUCCAAGAAGUUUCACGGCUUCAUUGACACGGUGCUAGUGAAGGACUAUCACCAGCGGCCUUACACCGAGAAUCUGCUGAAGCAUGCAUUCAUCAAGGAUCAACCGACAGAUCGGCAGGUGCGCAUACAGCUCAAGGAUCACAUCGAUCGCUGCAAGAAACGCAAGCAGGAGAAGGAGCGCGAAGAUUAUCGCUAUUCCGGUUCCGACAACGAUGACGACGAGCCGCAGCUGGCCGGGGAGCCCAGCUCCAUUAUCCAAGCGCCCGGCGGCGAUACAUUGCGUCGCAAUUUCCAGCAAAUCCAGGAGGGACGCCUGGCCGCCGAACAGCAACAGCAGCACCAUCAGCUGCUCGCCCAGGCGCAGGCACAGGCCGCCGCAGCACAUGCCGCCGCCCAGGCGCAGCUGCAUCAGCAGCAGCAGCAGCAACAGCAGGCGGCGGCAGCGGCCGCAGCCGCAGCGCAUGCAGCCCAACAGGCGCAGGUGGCCCAACAGCAGCAGCAGCAGCAACAGGCGCAGGCCCAACAGCCGCAGGCCAAUCGCCAACAGAAACCACCAUCGCGCCAGCAGAUCGAGGAGCCGGGUCCUCCGGCACGGCCACAAUUGCCGCAGCGUCUGAUUGUGGUGCCAGAUCCACCGCACGCCAAUCGGCCAUUGCCACCGACACCCAAGUGCGGCGAGCCCGUGGCUCAAGCGCCGCCCCAACAGCAGCAGCAGCAGCAGCUGCAGCGCAGCUCGCAGACCAAUUUCAAGCCAUCGUUACCACCAAGGAGACCUGAGGAUCAUUUGGAUGUGUUAGCAGCACAAUUAAAUGAAUUGGGCGUGGUCUCCUCCCAACAGCCGCAGCCACAGACAGCAGCAGGCGGUGGACAACAGCAGCAGCAGCAGCAGCUGGCACAGCCGGAGGCGCCGCCGCGCAGCAAUCGACAAUCGGGCGCAUCCGCCGGCAACAACGGGGCCAUCUGUGUCUCGGCCUCAUCCUCGUCAGCUUCGAAGCCGGCGGCCGCUUUGCCACAGCAGGCGAACAAUCAUCUGGGACAGCCCGUCAAUCCGUUGGAUCCACUCGAUAGCAGCGACUCGGACAGCGAACCGGAUGAGCCCAACGAUCGGGCACGCAACGAUGGCACGCUUCUGGCCAGCGAUCCGCCCAAGCCGCUGCCCGGCCUGGGACCCGUUUCCGAGGACACAACAACAACAACGACGACCACACCGCUGAGCCACGGCAGCGGCGGACCACCAAAUCGACCCUUGCCACCGACACCGGACGACGACGAUCAGGCCGGAGAUCGUACGCUGAUCAUGAAGCGCAAAUUAGAACAAAACAUAAAUCGCUUACAAAAAUCGGCAUCCACCUCGCAUGCGCCAAAGCGAGCUGAAGACGCGAAGCUUCUGCGCGAUUGGGACUUAGAUAAAUUCGUUUCCAAGAAAGUGAACGGCGGCGGCGGCGGUGCUAGCAGCAACAGCAGCGGCAGCGGCAGUAGCAGCACAGCCAGCCUCAGUCGCAGCUCGUUUUUGAGCACGCUGAAGGUGGAGGCAAAGCUGCAGCGCGCCAGCGUCGCCGAGGCCAUAGCACGUCCCGUGCCCAAAGGCUUUCAGCCGCUUAAAGGCGCCAGUUCGUCGACUGGCGUCAGCAUUGCCAAAGAGCGCAGCAGCAGCAACUCAACGCAGCAGCAGCAGCAGCCGACGCAACCGUCGCAGCCGCAGCACAAGCGCCAGGAAUCCGACUCCAAGUUGCCGAGCUUUGUGCGCGGCUUUCGACGCGAGAAUUCAGACUUUUUCCCGUUAACGAAGCGACACUCGGCGGUGCUCAGCGGCGGCGGCACUUCUGCCAGCAGCGGCGGCAACAAUGCUCAGCUGCAGUCGCCGCAGCUAGUGCAAGCGCAGCGCGCCAGUGCCAUGUACCAAAGGAACAGCAUUUACAGCAGCGGCAGCAAGGAGAGCAGCGCAGCCGCAGCUGCUGGUGCUGCCGCCGCUACUACUGCUAAUAAGACCAAAGCGACGUCCACUGCCAGCAAGACAACUACAAAAACAGCAGCAGGCGGCGCAGCAGCUAGCGUCGCAGCGCCGACAAAGUCCAGUUGGGCCAAUUUAGAUUUUCUGCGUCCGCGUCGCGAAAAGACUGAGUCUGUCAUUGUGCUGCACAAUGCAGCGGCCCGUGCGCAGCAGCAGCUUCAACAGCAGCAACAACAACAGCAGCAGCAGAAUCGCAGCGUAGCCGGCACUGGGUCCGGCGGGGACAACAGCGGCCUCGGCACCCCCGGCACCCGGACCAGCAGCGUCCUGCCCGAUCUGCUCAGCCAGGCUUCGCCGGCGACGCCUCCGCGUCACGAUAAAUCAUCCAGUGAGGAGUAUCAAGCGGCCAUUAGUUCAUCCGUGCAUUCCACGCCAUCGAAAUCGUUUAUCGCUAGCAGCAGCAGCGGCAGCAGCAGCGCCGCAGGCGUCGCCGUCGGCGUUGGCGGCCACGGUCAUGGCGGCGGCAGUGUUGUCGGUGGCAUAAUUAUUAGUGCUAAUAAUUCACCACAGUCAACCAUAUCGCUUGCGUCGUCCACAUCGAAUUCGCGACAAAAUUCGCCUAAGAAUUCGAUUAGUAAAACGCGUUCUUCCAGCAGUAUUACUAAUUUAUUGCAUAAAUCUGCUUCUUCCUCUUCUGCGAACAUUCUUCACCUCUCACCCUCCUGCUCCGUCGUCUCCACCAACAAUACCGUUACAUCUAACGCCCACUUGCCACCGCAUGCGUACGCGCUGCAACAGAAACAACGCAGCUUUCUCACCUUUGGCUUCGGUGCCGGCGGCUCCGGUCCGACACGUCGCGAAUCCACGGUCAAUGUAAAUGUGACGCCCACCUCGCAUGAGGCGGCCAAUGAUACGCCCGAAAUCCGUAAGUAUAAGAAGCGUUUCAACUCGGAAAUACUGUGCGCCGCACUCUGGGGCGUCAAUUUACUGAUUGGCACCGAGAAUGGACUCAUGCUGCUCGAUCGUUCCGGCCAGGGCAAGGUCUAUCAGCUCAUCUCGCGUCGCCGUUUCCAGCAAAUGGAGGUGCUAGAGGGCCAGAACAUAUUGGUUACCAUAUCGGGCAAAAAGAAUCGCGUGCGCGUCUAUUAUUUAUCCUGGCUGAAGUCCAAGAUCUUGCGCACCGACGGACUCUCCGAUCAAGUGGAGCGUCGCAACGGCUGGAUAAAUGUGGGUGAUCUACAAGGUGCUGUACAUUUUAAGAUUGUCAAAUACGAGAGGAUUAAGUUCCUAGUGAUUGCAUUAAAAGACUCAAUUGAAAUUUAUGCAUGGGCGCCCAAACCAUAUCACAAAUUUAUGGCAUUUAAGAAUUUUGGUGAACUGGAACAUCGCCCCCUUUUGGUCGAUCUCACAAUUGAGGAUCAGUCGAGACUGAAAGUGAUUUAUGGUUCCGCUGAGGGUUUCCAUGCGGUUGAUUUAGAUUCAGCUGAAGUAUACGAUAUAUAUCUUCCUAAGCAUACUCAGGGUGCAAUCAUUCCCCAUUGUAUUGUGGCGCUUCCAAAUUCAAAUGGCAUGCAACUCCUUCUGUGCUAUGACAACGAAGGCGUCUAUGUCAACACUGCCGGUCGUGUAUCCAAGAACAUUGUGCUGCAGUGGGGUGAAAUGCCCACCUCGGUGGCCUACAUAGGCACGGGACAAAUCAUGGGCUGGGGCAAUAAAGCAAUAGAGAUACGUUCCGUGGAGAGCGGCCAUUUGGAUGGUGUGUUUAUGCACAAGAAGGCGCAACGCUUGAAAUUCCUUUGCGAGCGCAAUGACAAAGUAUUCUUCAGCAGUGCCAAAGGUGCUUCAUCGUGUCAAAUCUAUUUUAUGACGCUCAACAAGCCGGGCAUGGCCAAUUGGUAGAGCCGCACACACACACAGCGCAUACCCUUCCGCAACAUUUUUGGCAAUCCGUGAUCCGUGGUUCCAACAUUCAAUAUUCAAAAUAACAACAAACAUUUUCUAUAUAUUUUACAACAAGCUUACAAAAGAAAGCCAACAACAACAAAAAAUAUCUAAAGAAAACACACACACACUCUCACACACACACACACACACACACACACAUAAGAACAUUAAAUCGUUUAAGUAAAAAGUGCAUAAGUUCUAAUGAGAACAUCCUAUUACACACACACACAACCACACACUCACACACACACACUCGUAAAGAUGUGCUUAUGAAAGAAAGCAAAGGAAACGUUUCAAUUAGUAAAUGUGCUAUAAAAAGUUAAUCUUCAAUUGAGUGCACAAUUUUAGGCGAGCGUUAAGCAAUGUAUUUAAAAAAAACAAGAAACAAAAAGAAAGAGAAAGAGAAGAAAAACGGCAAAGGGAAAAACCAACAGGAAACAAAUUUUCCAAGCUCACUCGUCGAGGUUUUUAAUUUUUCCCCAAUUCAUGUUUUGAUUCAAACAAGAUACAACACAUGCAUAUGUAUUAUAAGGAUUACAUAACUAAAAUCUAAGCAAACCAAUUGAAUACGCAGUUAAUUUGUACAAUGCACAUUUAUAAACAAUUUCAUUUCAAAUGUGAAUUUAGAAUUGUGUGCAUAUAUUGUUUUUCUACUUAAUAUAUAUUUUUUGCCUACAACUUUGAAUAUAAGUUCAAUAAAUCGCCGGAAAAGCGAAAGCGAAAAUAAACCAAUUGCAAUUAAUUUUCUGUUGAUAAAAAAUGUCCGCGAAACAAACUAUUUGAAAUUAAUUUUGUGCAACUUUUCAAUUUAUAUAAAUUAUAAAUAAAUGUCUCUGUUUGCUCAGUUUUAUGAAAAGUAAAAAACAAACAAAAAAUUAAAAAGCGCCAUUGUAAAAACUAAGUGAUAAACAAAAGCAAGUAAAUAAUAUUAUAGAGAGCUGAACAAAAACAGAAGAAAAAACAAAACAAAAUGUUAUAAGCAAAAGUCGCAACAAUUAUGAUUGAUGAGUAUAUGUGUACAAUAAAAAACAAAAAUGAAAACAAACCGAAAGCAACACAAACAACACAAAAUUUUUGAAGUUACUUAUGCGACAAUUGAUUGAUAGAUUGAUCCGAUUGAUUGAUUGAUCAUAUUUGAAAGACAACUAAACUUAGCUUGAUAACAAGAUUGGAGGAAAUUCGAUGAACCUAGUUAAGCUGCAUUUUUUACUGAACUUUUAUACAGAACCUUACAAAGAAAAAAGAUGAUACAAAAUUCUAUAAAAAGCUAGCAUGUUAAAAUUGAUAAAAAGAAAGACGAAAGAAAAACUCAAUUAGAGCUAAUAAUAAUUGAAAGGAAAUCCGCUUGUGUGCUGUGCAUCAAUUUCUGUGUGUUCUUUUUUUAAUGUGUGUGGAGAAUUUUUUAAAGCUUAAUUAUUUAAUGGCUACGUUGCAAUAUACAAACACACACACACACACACACAUUCUCUAGCGAUCGGCACACACAACAAAAAUAUCAAUUUGCAAUAUAUACACACACACACACACACACACGUACAUAUGUCAAAUUAAGCUGGCAGUUAAUGCUAAAAGAAAAACUUAUGAAUUAUUCUUCCUUGUUUUGUGUUGUUUUCACAUGUGCGUCCCUCCCAAGCAAAGCAAAAGAAAAUGAAAUUUAAAAAGAAAUAUUUAAAAUAUUGUUUGUUUUUUGUGUUAUAAAAGAAACGAAGAAAAAAAUAAAUGUAUACCCCGUGUCCCCCAUA